UACCGGCAGUCUUCAUCCACCGAGCCGGCACGAUGGGCGCCGACAAGCCGAAUGGCGUGGUCAACUACUGCCGAAGACCAGUCCAGAGACCCUUCCUCCAAAGAAUCCAGUAUGGAAUCUGGAAUCCAGAAGAAAGAACAUUCCUGGGCAGAACUCCACAUCGAUGGGGUGUGAUAGGGCUGAUCUACCUGGUGAUGUACAUCUGCAUCAUCAUCUUCUUCUCCAUCUGCAUGUGCGGUCUGCUCGCCAGCAUGGAUGAGAAGAUCCCCUACUUCACGCUCGCUGACUCCAUCAUUGGAGCCAACCCCGGCAUGGGCCACAGACCCAUACUGUUCGAGGAAGGAGCUCUCAUCUGGUACAAAGCUGACAACGAAACUCAAGUCAAGAAGUAUGUGGAUAACAUCAACCAGUUUCUAGCGCCAUACAACAACAAGAGCUUGUUAGUGAACCAGGGCGUGAACCAGCGUGAGUGUGGUGACGUGAAGCCUCCAAGAAAUGAGGUCUGCGCCUUCAACACCACCACCAACUUCGGGCCCUGCUCCAUGGAGAACAACUACGGAUACCCCAACAAGACACCCUGUCUUAUUAUCAAGUUGAAUAGGUUAUAUGACUGGAACCCUGACUUCUACGACGAUCCUGGCGACUUACCACCUGAGAUGCCACCUGAUAUAAGAAAUUAUAUCGUGAACGCUACUGCACAGGAACGUCGCAAAGUCUGGGUGUCGUGUAUGGGCGAGCGGCCAGCUGACGUGGAGGCUCUGGGCGAGGUGAAGUACUACCCCUACCCUGGUCUAUCAGAAACCUACUUCCCGUAUGACAACACUCCAGGAUACCUGAGCCCACUGGUGGCUGUGCAGCUACUGAAACCUAAGCUGCAUCAAAUAAUAAACAUCCGUUGCCGUGCGUGGGCGCGCAACAUCAUCUACACGGACAGUCUGAAGGAUAGAUUCGGCUCCACGCACCUGGAGAUCAUGAUCGACUGAAUGGGACCAUUGCUGCAGCAUAGAGGGCGGGAGUGUGUAACCUGUGUUGAUGUAGUGUGGGGGCUUAGAACUAGAUGGCGUUGUUAUAAGUUUUUGCAACUAAGUUGUAGACAUACAGAGACCUGGGAGGAAAAUUAAUGAUUAUGUUUGUUGCUAGACAAUACUCAAGACAGGUUACAGUCUCCUUAGUUUAAGCUCUCUUAAAUUAAUUAAUGUGUAGAAAAAAGUAGUAAAGGAAAUACUAUCCUAUGUGAAAAUUAGUGUAACAACAAAAUAAAAAUAAAUAAUUAAAAUGAAUGUACUUAGGGCUGAAACAUAUACACAAUGACUGAAUUUAUACUAGAAUUUUGUUAUAAAAUAUUUUUGACUAACGAUGAUGAUUUGUGAUCAUGGAAAAAGCAAUAGCCAACAAAUAUUAGAUGUACAAAACGAUGACUUACCGACGUACUCAGAGACACUUAAUGGUAACUUAACACAGCCGUUAGUAAUUAAUUUCGGAACAAAAUCGUUACUAGGGAAUAGUUUAAGUAAUGAGUACGGCAGUAACUUAGUUGAAUUGCUAUUUCAAUGACUGUUUUAAUCAUUGUUUAUUGCAUGCAUUAUUUAAUGGUUCAAUGACUCUUAUCAGAGUUAUCGAAAACAACAAGACAAGUACAAUUUUAAAUAUACAAAGUGAAAAUAUGAAUUAACCAAUUUAUCCUCUACAGAAAGAAAUAUUGUACUUACCUCAUAAGGACAUUUGUGCUGUAAUUGUAAAUGAGUACUUAAAUAGAUUGUGAUCUAAAUGGUAA